GACCGGGGCGGGCUGGGCGCCGGCUGGGCUAGCGGGCUCUCCCCUGCCGGUGUGGGCAGACCCGGCCGCGGUGCCAUGGCGCUGGUCCUCGCCCUGGGGCUGUGCUGGGGGGCGCUGGCGGCGGGGGAGCCCCACAGCUUGGACAUCCUGAUCACCGGGCUGAACGAGCUGGGCGGGACUCACAAGUUCUUCAUGCUCGCCAAGCUGGACGGUCUGGAGCUCGCCUCCUACAGCAGCGACACCCGAGAGCUGAAACCCCUGAAGGAGUGGGCGCUGCAGGCCGUUGGCGUGAGAUAUUUAAGGAAGAAGACCGAGGAGUUCAGGCUCUACGAGGCCAUCUCCCGAGUGGUGACUCGCCGGUGGAUGGCGCAGCACAACCAGACCGGCGGGAUCCACACCCUGCAGCUCCAUGUGAACUGUGUGCUGGACGGGGACACCCCCGUGCGAGGCCACUUUCGCUUUGCUUUCGAUGGGCAGGAUUUCCUCGUCCUGGAGAGAAACCAAUCCGCGUGGGUGCCGCUCGCGCCCGGAGCCCUCAACGAGACGCUCUUCUGGGACGCCGGUCACACCUGGACCCUGUUUGCAAAGGAGUUCCUGCAGGAGGAGUGCGUGGCCACGCUGAGGAGCCUGCUGCGGGGUGGGACGGAGGCUCUGGGACGGCAGGUCCCCCCAGGGGUGUCGGUGACCUACAGAGACACCCCCCACGGCUCCGCCACCCUCUGCUGCCACGCCAGGGGCUUUUACCCGCGUCCCAUCCGCGUCUCCUGGGUGCGGGACGGGGCGGAGAUCCUGCCGCCCAGGAACGCCAGCGGGAUCCUGCCCAACGCUGACGGCACCUACCAGCUCCAGCAGUCCCUGGAGAUCCCCCCGCGGUGGGGCCACGGCUACGCCUGCCGGGUGGAGCACAGCAGCCUGCGGGAGCCGGCGCUCACCGCGGGUCUCCCCGAGGUCUCGGUUUCCCGCAGAGACGCCCCUGACGGCUCCGCCACCCUCUCCUGCCGCGCCAGGGGCUUCGACCCACAUCCCAUCCGCGUCUCCUGGGUGCGGGAUGGGAAGGAGACCCCAGCGCCCCCCAUCAGCGACCCGUCCCAGCUCCAGAGGUCCGUGGGGAUCCCGCAGCAGGGCGGGGACGGGCACAGCUACUCCUGCCGAGUGCAGCACCGCGGCCUGCAGGAGGCGCUAGCGACCACGGCGCCCGGGGAGCUGGGGGGCCUGGCCCCCGGGAUCCUGGCCACCCUCGGCCUUGCUGCGCUGACUGGGGCCAGUGCCGCGGUGGCUGGUUUCGUGGUGUGGAGGAGAAAGCGCUCGGACUCCGGCAGAAGCGGCUUCACCCCGACUCCCAGAGAAGACCCCGCGCCCGGUCCGGACCCUGCUUGCCAACGUGACACCACGCCUGUGUGACGGGCCGGGCGCCCGGUCACCCCACCGCCCCUGCCGGCCCGGACCCCGCCGACCAGUGUCGGACCCUGCCGGUGUGAGAGGCCGGGUGCUGCUCAGCCGGACUGGAGAUAAGGCGCCAAGUUUUGCCAGUGAGGGGGAUAACAGAAGCAUGGUGGAAUAGUAGUCGUGACCGGAGUGCGGGUAUGGAAGGGUAGGUGCUGUUUAGGAAAGACCGAAACGAAGGUAAAGGUGGUGGAGCAGCAUUGUACAUCAAUGAGGAGGUCGAAUGUAAAGCAGUAUGAAGCGAUGGAAUGGAUAAGACAGAGUUCGUCUGGGCAAAAAUCACAUGGGGGAAGAAAACUACUCGAGCCUCCCCUGGGAUAGUGCUUGGGGUGUGCUAGAGACCGCCGGGAUCCGACGUGGAUAUGGACAGAGCCCUCUUUAAUGUUUUUAAUGAAGUAAAUACUAAUGGAAACUGCGUGAUCAUGGGAAACUUUACCUUCCCAGAUAUAGACUGGAGGGCGAGUGCUAGGAAUAAUAAUCGGGCUCAGAUGUUCCUAGAUGCGAUAGCUGAUGGAUUCCUUCAUCAAGUAGUUGCUGAACCAACUAGAGGGGAUGCCAUUUUAGAUUUGGUUUUGGUGAGUAGUGAGAACCUCGUAGAAGAAAUGGUUGUAGGGGAUAAUCUUGGUUCGAGCGAUCGUGAGCUAAUUCAGUUCAAACUGAACGGAAGGAUAAACAAAAAUAAAUCUGUGACUAGGGUUUUUGAUUUCAAAAGGGCUGACUUUCAAAAAUUAAGGAUAUUAGUUAGGGAAGUAGAUUGGACUGAAGAAUUUAUGGAUCUGAUGGUAGAGGAGGCCUGGGAUUACUUUAAGUUAGAGCUGCAGAAGCUAUCAGAAGCCUGCAUCCCAAGAAAGGGGAAAAAAUUCAUAGGCUGGAGUUGUAGACCAAGCUGGAUGAGCAAGCAUCUCAGAGAGGUGAUUAAGAAAAAGCAGAAAGCAUACAGGGAGUGGAAGACGGGAGGGAUCAGCAAGGAAAGCUACCUUACUGAGGUCAGAACACGUAGGGAUAAAGUGAGACAGGCUAAAAGUCAAGUAGAGUUGGACCUUGCAAAGGGAAUUAAAACCAAUAGUACAAGGUGUGACGAAGUGGGACUGUUCUUAAUGUUUCCUCUGAAUAGUGUGGGGGUGCCUCAGUUUCCCCUAGGCAGUUCUUAAGUAUCUAGGGGGUGGAGUAAGGGUGUAUGAUCAUUGCAGAGCCCUAGAGGGCAUGUGUGUGCAGGAGUCUGGACACAGAGAAUGGCCAACACCCUGUUUCCUGGCAACUGAUGGCCUGGGCCCUUCCCCCCCUGCAAGGUGAGAGCUGAAGGGUUGGAGAACAAAGGAAUCAGGUGACCACCUGGCCCGGGAAAGGAAC